AUAGUAGUCUAUAGUUACAUUAACAGUCUCUACUCCUCUACCCUGAAAGAGUUAUCUUCAGGAAUGUUCUUAGUUAACGUAGUGCUAUCACUGCUAUCUACUUUACAAGAGAAUGCAGAGACAUUGACGUUCACUGUUUACUCGAUAAUAGGCAGUGUUAUUCUGUCUGAAUUACUCCUGUUUAUUAGCUUGAUUUAUAGUGUACUUCAUAGCACUGUGUGCAAAGAUCCAGUAGAUCUAUCUCAAGCAACUGAAUGCAUAGAGUCAUUAACUGACUCUCUUGGAUUAGGUUGUGCAGCAACAACACUGCUACUCUUCGAGGGUAGGGAUAGAUGUUACACACUUUAUAGUAAGUACAAUGAUGUAUGUACAUUGUCUGCUAUACUGUAUUCUUACAUACAGAGCAAUGAAUACAAUAACAUGUUGAACUAUGUUAAUACAAGUAGCAUACAAGGACUAUUUUACUGUAUUACAGUAGUACAUGCACUUCAUGUGUUACUUGGUGUAAGUUUGAUUAUGAUAGAUAGUAUCAAUCAUAGUGAAUACUACGAUAAUAUCAUAGUUGAUUCUUAUCUAUACCUAUACAUAGCAACAUACUGGCAUUUCGUAGAAGCUGUAUGGCUAUCACUAUUAUCCUUAUUGUACAUGUAUUAA